UGAGAUUCCAGUUAUUGGGAUACUCGUACUCGCACACUAUAUAUAUACAACUCCACGCUAUUCUUCACCUUCACCUUCACCUUCACCUCGUUCUUUAGAUCCAAACAUUUCCAGAAAAUCUCUCUCUUCUUUCUCUCUCCUGCCAUUUCGGAUCAACUUUUCCUCUAUUUUCGCAGACCUAAUUUCAGGUUCAAUCGAAAAAUUAGGGUUUUGGAAAUCCCAAUUUAUUACUUGAAAAUGGCGGGAUUAACAUUACCCGAAGAAUUGAACCAUGAUGUUGUUGCUUUGUUGAACCGAAAGGAUUUGGAUCCGAUGGCAGUGGUUUUAGAGUCGAUUCCGCCAGUUGUUUGUAAUGGCGAAAAUGGGGUUGUGAAGAAGAUCAAGACUGGUGAAAAUGGUAAGAGAGAGAUAGUUUUGGGUCGGAAUAUUCACUCGUCUUGUUUUGAUAUUACCGAACCCGAAGAUAAUGACGGGGUUACUGGCGAUAAGGAGGCGUAUAUGGCUGGUGUUUUGGCUAGAUACAGGCAAAGUUUGGUUGAGAGGACUAAACAUCAUUUGGGAUAUCCUUACAACUUGGACUUUGAUUAUGGCGCUUUGAGUCAAUUGCAACAUUUUUCAAUAAACAACCUCGGUGAUCCAUUUAUUGAGAGCAAUUAUGGUGUGCAUUCCAGGCAAUUUGAAGUGGGUGUUUUAGAUUGGUUUGCCCGUCUUUGGGAGAUUGAGAAGGACCAGUACUGGGGAUAUAUUACAAACUGUGGGACAGAAGGAAACCUUCAUGGCAUCCUUGUGGGGAGAGAAGUGUUUCCUGAUGGCGUUUUAUAUGCCUCGAAAGAGUCACACUACUCAAUCUUCAAAGCUGCACGCAUGUAUAGGAUGGAUUGUGUUAAGAUUGAGACGUUAUCAUCCGGAGAAGUUGAUUGUGCUGAUUUCAGAGCCAAGCUUCUCCAGAACAAGGAUAAACCAGCCAUCAUCAAUGUCAACAUAGGAACUACUGUAAAAGGAGCUGUUGAUGAUCUUGAUCUUGUGAUACGGACUCUUGAAGAAUGUGGCUUCCCCCACAAUCGGUUCUAUAUCCACUGUGAUGGAGCCUUGUUUGGUCUUAUGUUACCAUUUGUUACUCAAGCACCUCAAGUUACAUUCAAGAAGCCCAUUGGUAGUGUCAGUGUAUCUGGCCACAAAUUUGUGGGGUGCCCAAUGCCCUGUGGUGUUCAGAUAACAAGGAUGGAGCACAUCAAUACUCUGUCUAGUAACGUGGAGUAUCUUGCUUCAAGGGAUGCUACAAUCAUGGGGAGCAGGAAUGGCCAUGCUCCUCUAUUUCUAUGGUAUACCUUGAACAGAAAAGGAUAUCGUGGUUUCCAGAAAGAGGUUCAAAAGUGCCUCCGCAAUGCCCACUACCUUAAAGACCGGCUUAGAGAUGCUGGAAUUAGUGCCAUGCUCAAUGAACUAAGCAGCACGGUGGUGUUUGAGCGUCCUCACGAUGAGGAGUUUAUCCGACGUUGGCAGCUGGCUUGCCAAGGAAGCAUAGCUCAUGUGGUUGUGAUGCCUAGUGUUACAAUAGAGAAACUCGAUACUUUCCUUGAUGAGCUAGUUGAGAAACGUUCAACUUGGUACAAAGAUGGGGGCAACCAAAUUCCAUGUCUUGCAUCUGAGCUAGGCAAGGAGAACUGCGCUUGCCCUAUGCAUGAGUGAGAAUUUGCUUGCUCGACUAGUUUUCCUACUGGACCGAAGUAUUUCAUUCAGAUUUCCUUACAGCAGUGUAUCAUUGUUGUUGUCAUUAACGGUGUUGGUAUUUCUUAUGCUCGGGGUAUUCCAUUUCAAGGUUGAAGAGAAGUAAUCUACAUAGUGAUAGCAUUUCGUGUGGCAUAAAUAAAAAGUGAGGUGUUUUGUUAAGAUGGGGUUUGCGCAAUCCCACUCAAUCAAAGUAAUACUAUUGUAUGCUUGUUUCGUGUACUUAAGUUACACACCUCGUAAAUGUAGCAGUGUUGUAAUGGACAAUCCAAUGUGAUAUCUAUCUGUGUAUUCUAGAGUUUGUGAGCUAUCUUGAAGCUAGAAGUUUAAGGUAUUUAUAUGGAGAUUUCUUUUGAUCAAACCACUAAUAGUGGCUAUGUAUUCAAUAUUCAGUGGUUCAAUGGACGAUGGUGCCUCUCUUAUGAUGGCCGUCUACGAAACUUGGCAAUCGCUACUAAUUUUUUAUUGCAAUAAUUUUUUAUUUA